CAGCCCGCUGCGAACUCGGCGCUCGCAAAACCCCACUCGCGAAACACCAUAGUGAACCCGCAAAGCUCCAUCCUCCAAGAAACCCUAGCUGCCCGCCGCCUCCUACGCUCAUGGCGUCGCCGGCGGCAUUGGUGGCUCCGAUGGAGGUGCGGUGCGCUGGGUGCGACGAGACGCUGGAGGUUGACCACGGGACGACGGACUUCGCCUGCCCCGGCUGCGCCACCGAGCAGCGCCUCCCGCCGGAGCUCAUGCCGCGGCGCCCGCGGCGCGCGAUUCCGAUCACCCCGGCCGUCUCGGCGCACGAUCGCAUGCCGUGCGGCGGGUGCGGAACCAUGCUGAGCGUGCCGCGGGGCCUCAAGAGCUUCGCCUGCCCGAUCUGCGGUGCUGCCGGUACCCGCCCUCAGGCCAGCGCCCUUCCAGUGGCUCAGCUAGUCAGUAUGGAGCCACAGGUGUUGAGAGAUCCUGCAAGUCUAGCAACUCUUGCAGGACAGGUACAUGUAGAAGUAGAAAGGUAUAGGAUGCCCACCCAUUCAGAAUCACAAGGAUGGCAUCCCAACCAGUCAGUCUAUAAGGAUGAGCCAUUCAGGUUCAAUUCUUCUAGAGCCGACAAGAAGAUCCCUACUCACAGUGGGAACGUGAAUGAAGUGGCUUACAGUCACUCGGACUCGGUCCAUGUAGAAGACUCACAUAUUGAUCCACUCCAUGAGAUUACUACAAGGCCUAGCAAGAACAAGUCUAGAAUUCAAUCUUUUUUCCUAAAACAAAACAGGAUUCAGUCCAGCCAUGCAGAGAAGGUACAUCAGGGCUCUUCUAGUCAGGCCACCCCUGUUCUACAAACUCAGAGUGGAUGUUCAGCCUAUUCAGAUCAUACAAACCAGUCACAGGAACGAUUUCCAAGUGAUAUCAUUACAAGGCAUGGCAAACAGAAAACUACGGUUGCCCCUAGAAAUAUUGGGAAGCAGCUGAUAGAACAUCUCGACCAAGCUACACAUGAACAGAAUGCACGGGGGACUUCCAGUGACGGGGCUCAUGCAGAUCAGGUACAUGUCGAGCCUGACAGCAGCAGAUGGAAUGAGAAGAGGAAAAGGAGCAAACAAAGUUCUGGUGGUAAUCGGAAGAGGGCCCAUUUAAUGAAUUCUUCAAGCGAAGGGAUCCACUUAAGGCGUAGUAGCCGUUUGGCGAAGAUGCCAACAGCCCCAAUAGACGCUCAGCCAACCCAGCCCUUGAAUUCUCCUCCACAUGAAAAUCAAUCUUAUAAUCAAGAUAUAACGGGAAUAAUUGCCAACAUGACAUCUAGUUCGACACCUCAGCAACAAGUGCCUCAAACUAGCUGUAAUGAGUUGGAUGGUGUUCAUGCAAACACACAACCCUCAUCUUCCAAUCAUGGUGCACUUCAACCUGAGUGUAUUACUAACCGCUACAGUAUGAGCUAUGAUUCAUGGUGUGAACAUGAUAUCCCCCGAGAAGGCUCUUGCAGUGCAGACGUGCUUUCAGUUCAAUUGCAGACUUCAGAACGAGUUACAGAUGGGCAACAGGCACACAGACUUUCCAGUAGAGAAAACAAUUUAGAGCAGGUAGACAUUGAACUUAAUAGAAAUAGUGUUGCCACACAUGGCAGGCAUCAAAGGAAAGGUUCAGUGAGCACUUCAAAUGAAGCAGAACAAGAUGGGAUCCCAUCUACUUCUGGGACCCGCCAGCACAUGACCUUGGCAGCUUCCUGUCGUCGCCUUGCUGCCUCAAUGCCAGCGGUGAACAGCAGUUCGGCACCAGGUGGCGCCUUGUCUUCUGAACUUGAAGGUGACAAUCCCUCAUUGCUGCCCUACGGAACAUCACCUGUUGUCCCCUCCCAGUUGAAUGAUGCAUCACAACCUGAUGUGCUGUCAGCGUCUGUUCAUCCAUCAUCAAAGAAGCGCAAGGUGCGUGGUCAGUCAUCAAAAAGGCGCAAGCAACAUGGUCCUUCAGAACUUGUUGAACCAUGUACACAAUCUGACAGCCAUUCCAAAUCGCCUGAUCCUACACAGGAGCUGGCUGGUCCUACUGAACUGAGACAUGAUGUACCAGAUUGUGCAACUCCUAGGAAUGAGCACCAGCACGAUGAUGCUGAUUAUGGAGGUGAUGGGGGUAUUGAGACAGUGACUAUUGAAAAACGGUGGUGCCAUUCUCUGCCAAAUGUUCCAUCAGACGAGGAGGAGAAGCCUAUCCUCACUCCAGUCGGGGACACUAUGUGGUUGGUGCAUCCAUUAUACAAGAAUGCCCGGCUACCAAAUGGAGUCAUUGGAUGCAUUGUACGAGAACGGUACCCAGGGAUGGUCAAGUACAAGGGCAGCAAUCAGCAUGCUGAAAAUUGGAGACACUAUGCAGUUGCUCCUGACCCCCUAGGAGAGAAACAGAAUCUGUUGGAACGGAUCAGUGCAGACUUUUGGGCACGGUAUAGAUGGAAGGAUGGGUUUGAGGCGCAUGCUCAACUUGUAGUAAACAAUGUCAUCAAGAAGGAGGUUCAGCAAUUGAUAUACAGUGCUCGUAUUCAUGCUGUCUUAGACUAUUUCAAGAAGUUUCGGGGCAUCAAAAUAGUGGCACAGGAGGCCCGAGCCAAGUAUUUAUCCCAGGAGGAGUACAUGAAGGUCAUGCCCUACUGGACGCAGGCUUGUCCUGCAGCGUGGGAGAGCCUUGCUCGGAAAUGGUCAUCUGAGAUCUGGAAGGAGAAGUCGAUGGAAUCGAGGAAGAGAAGAAAUAUGAACAGGGAGCCAGGCCACAGGCAGGGAAGCAGUUCUCUGCUUCGUCUGUGCCAGAAGAAGGGUGAGAAAGAAGGCCGGGAUGUGACACCUAUUGAAGCAUACUUGUAUGGCCACAGGAAUAAAGAUUCAAGCAACCCUAGCAACAGCUGCGAUGAUCCUGCAUUACAGAGACUAGAGGCCUACAAGGAAGCUGUGCUGGAGAUACACGGCCCUGACUACGACUGGAUCAACAGUUCAAUCGACAGCGAAGCAGUGUACAAGGUUUGCAGGGGGAAGCCACAUGGCCGUUGGCUCAUCUUCAAUGGCCUAGUCAACUCCAAGGAAAUUCUUGCCGACGCUAAAUCACAAGGUCUGAAGACGCGGCCGACGCAAGCUAGGCAGCAAGGGGUGUCCGAUGUGGAGGAAAGGUUCAGCCGUUUGCUGGAGGAGAAGCUGCAGCAGGUGGAGGAGAGCCGGCAAGCCCGUGAUGAGGAGGUGAAGCAGCAGAUGAAGCAGGAGCUGCAAGAGCAUGUUGCGGCAGCUAUACAAUCGACUAACGAGUACUGGCUGACUUGUCUUCAGAAUUACACCCGACAGACCGGAGCCAACAUUUCUCUUCCGCCGCCUUUUCCGAUUCUUCGGCCCUCUUCUCAACCCGGUACAUCAGCUUCAUCAUCAUCCGCACAGGGGACUCCACAGGAUGCGUCUGGUGUCAGUGGGAGCGGCAGCGAGCCUGGAGCCGGUGACAUUUGACGACCUCUCAACGUUAAUACCUGCAAAUCGGUAGAGGGUUCUUUGUUGCACUAGUAUUAUGCUGCUACUGAAUCAAACUUGAUCUGACAGUAUGGAGUGGAUACAUGCACUAAAGAAUAUUGUCGUAGCAAUGGCAUCUAGCGCUCUCCCUUUCCUGCAGUUGGUGAAUUAUGACAACAACUUUUAUAAACAUUUUUUGGAAUUUGCUAUUUAGCAAUCUGUCAUUUUUUUUCUUAA